AUGCAAAUGCCACUUACCGCCCACCCCCCUCAAAAAAGAAGUUUCAUCCCAUCCCUGUUAGAUAGAAGACGAGUAGGUAGAAUGGUUCAUGCCAUUAAAAGUGGUUGGCUUGUUCCAAAGUUACCAUCUUGGGCAUUAAGCGAUCCAAAUAAUCUAGAUGAACUCCGGAGGUACGGUGCAUAUAUGGCUUCUGGAAAUCCAGAUGUACUGGAUGCAGAUUACGAUGAGGAACCGUUGAGUUUUAGUUCAUUUGAUGUAUCAACAUAUGUAUUUCCUGAUGUCUGGAAUAAUCAAGAUAAUGAAAACGACCUUGUGAAUACUACGACAUCCUCAUGGCAAUCGAAAUUGCCAAUGCUUGCUUCUGAUUACCGGCCACCACGGCCACGUCCUUACCAAAAAGCUCCUGAAGAGCCUUUACCUGGACAUAUAGCCUCUUAUAACCCUCCUCCAGAAUUUUUACUUUCUAAGGACGAAGAAAAGAAAGUUAUGAAGGCUUGGCGGGAACGCGUACGUGAUGGACAUGUUUCACGUGUUCCACCACAAAUGCCUCGCAAAUUUUCAUGUUUAAGGCAUGUCCCAUUUUCCGAACGUUAUUUGCAUGAACGUGAAGAGCGUGUCAAAGAUUUGAUCAUGGCUACGCGUUUCGAAAAACAACGUGUUGCAACUACUCCAGAAGCUAUGUUGCCACCCAUCCCAAGUCUUUCACAAUUGAGACCUUAUCCGAGUCAUAUUGGAUUACAAUACAUUGGCCAUUCAGGACGUGUAACUUCGUUAUCAGUUUCGCCAUGUGGGCAGUGGCUUGCUAGUGUUUCCCCAUCUGAUGGUUAUUUACGCAUAUGGGAAACUUCUACAAACUAUUGUUUCCGCGUUUAUCGUCUUUCCAAUCCAUGUGUAAAAGAAAAAGUCAAAUUAAAACAAAAUAACAAGAUAGGAGAGUUAAAUUAUGAAGAUUCACAAUUGAAUAACAAUAAUGAUAUUGACGAAGAGGAAACAAACCGUCAGCCGAGUGACGAUGAAGAAAACUGGUCUCCAUCUUCUCCUUCCGCUAGUGUAUCAUGGAAUCCUAAUCCAGAAUUACAUCUUUUAGCUGCAGCUAUUGGCACUCAGCUAUUCAUCAUUAAUCCAGCUUUAGGAGAUCGUGUUCGUGUGUCACACACUGAAACAAGUCUUUUAAAGUGGUGGUCAGAUAUGAAUGACAAUGUAGCCAAUAUAUCUGUCCAGAUACCAGAUAACAAGGCUGAAGAUAUUGAUGAUACCGCUGAAACUAUUCCAAGCAAACAAUUACGAUUAGAUAAUGAAAUGAAUAUCGAUGAUGAACAAUCAGAGAUUGAAAUGAAAACAAUGGCUAAAUGGACUAUUAAAAUACCACCACAGACUAUGAAUAAAGUGGCAAAAUCCAAAACAUAUGAACGUCAUCGGAUUAUCAUCACUGUUACUGAUCCUAUAAUUAGUUUAGAUUGGCAUCCGAAAGGUGAUUAUCUACUUACUUUAUCUCGUCCAAUUCUUUCUUCACAUGUUCGUUCACGAUCAGCUAAGCGAUUAUUACUUCAUCGUUUAUCGAAAAUGUCUAGUCAAGCUCCAUUCUCUGACACUGGUAAACCAGUAGAAUGGAAACAAGCUGGAUUUCAUCCAACUGGUAAACCCCAUUUAUUUGUUGCUAGUCCGCGUGCAGUACGUAUAUAUGAUUUAGUGGAACAAAAAGAAUUACGUUGUUUACGAUUGGAAAGUUCAUCGAAUUUCAUCAGUUGCAUGGCACUUCAUCCAUCAGGAGAUCAUUUAGUUGUUGGUAGUUAUGAUAGUCGUUUUAAUUGGUUCGAUAUCGAAUUGGGUAAUGUCCCGUUCAAAAAGUUACAGCUUAAUCAUGGCGCUGUUAGACAGUUAGCAGUCCAUUACCGUCGUCCAUUAGUUUCUGUAGCAUUGAGUGAUGGUACGAUUCUCAUAAUUCAUGGAAAAGUAAUCGAUGAUCUAUUAUCAAACCAGUUGUUAUACCAGUUCAAUUAA